AUGGCCAUCAAAUCUCWUGCCUCUGCCAUUGGGCUGGCUGCUGCGGUGGCAGCGAAUGCCAUUCCGCGAUCCUCGACCAUCUCCUUUCAAAAUGGCCUCGUGGCCGAAGCUGGUGGAAUGCAGAAUGUGCAUGUCACCUACAACGCUCCUCUGGAUGGUGAAUUGUCUUUGCACUAUGGACCGUGCGAUGCAACAACAUCGGACGAUUUCGACCACACUCUUGGCAGGACACAUGUUGGGUCACAUCCUAUGGCGAAACGACACGAGCUCCAUCCCGAUCAAAGACCGACCAAGUUUGUCUGGCUUACUCCCCGGGAUACAGCUUCGGGCGGGUGUUUGCAUGCGUAUUCCGGCGAGACAUUGGUUGGCAGAUCCGCACCUGUUACAGUCGCAUCGAAGAAGCAAAAGAGAUGGGUGGCGGCCGCCGAUAUCAUGGAUGCUGAGGGUCCAUGGUUUGACGGAGUAGCCUAUCUCCAGGAGAAGGAGCCCGAUGAGGUCUUUGUGGCAGCAGCAAAGUCCAAGUCCAUUGGAAUUCUAGGUGGAGGCAUGUCUGGACUCAUGACUUCCCAUCUGUUGGAGAGUGUUGGCUUUCACGACUGGAAGAUCAUCGAAGCGUCGGCUCGUAUUGGAGGUCGCGUGCACACUUCGUACCUCAACGGCUCGAAACCUAGCGACUACCAAUACCAAGAAAUGGGCCCCAUGCGAUUUCCCGUCAGCAUCACGUAUGAUGAUCCCGCGGAGACGAUUCAGAUUAUGGAUCACAGAAUGGUAUUUCAWCUCGCGGAUGAGCUGAACAAGCAGAAUGGUAACAACUCGGAAUACGUUGUUAACUUCAUCAAGUGGAUCCAAUCCGCCGCGAAUGAUCCUUCGAGCACCGCCAAGCGUAGACCCGAUGGCACUGUGCCUGGUAUUGCAGAAGUAGCUGCCAACCCUGCCUAUGCAACCAAUGCCAACCUCACCUACUCCAAUGCAACCGCAGUUGCCGAAGCAUUGGCCGCGUAUGAUGAGUGGAAGGGCCUCGAUCGGGACGCUUACCGUGACAUCGCCACCAAUGUCUACAAAGCGCACAAGUGGGCGGUGGACAAUGGCUACUUUCACUUCUCCGAAGCCGGCUAUCUCAAAUAUGCUCUGGGACUCAGUGCAAACAUCACCGACCAGGCUGCCGACAUCUCCGACGAGGAGAUCUCAUGGGGUUAUGACUCGGUCUACUUCUCCGCCACAGAGUGGCGCACGAUCGAUCAAGGUCUCUCUCGCCUCCCGCGGGCAUUCACACCGGCGGUGGAGGGUCGCAUCCAGUACAACACCACAGUGCAAGGAAUGACUUGGAAUGGAGAGACUCAGAAGAUGUCCGUCGAGUACCGCAACAACGAUCUGUUCGCCAUGACACCGGAAAGUCAGGAAUUUGACUAUGUCGUCGUCGCCGUUCCCUUUAGCAAAGUUCGUCUGUGGAAACUACCAGCAUACACCGGUCUUCUCACCCGAGCCAUCGGCCGUCUCAACUACGACCCAUCAUGCAAAGUCGCACUCCACUACGAGACCCGUUUCUGGGAGCAUCUGGAACGUCCCAUCAUCGGCGGCUGCGGCUCAACCAACAUCCCACAGAUUAGCAGCGUCUGCUAUCCCUCCUACAACAUCAACGGCACCGGACCAGGUGUCAUUCUCGCAUCAUACAUCUCGGGAACUGGUGCGCGCUCUGUAGGUUCCAUGACGGAAGAGCAGCACGUCGCACACGUUCAACGCGCCAUGGUGGAGAUUCACGGAGAAGUCGCCGCGGAGCAGUACACUGGCAACUACGACCGUAUCUGCUGGGAACACAAUGAGUUCCAGGCUGGAGCAUGGUGCGGCCCAGCUACCGGUCAGCAGGACUUGUAUUUGCCCGCUUACUUCCACACGGAGAAGCACACGGUUUUUGUCGGAGAGCACACUACUUAUACCCAUGCGUGGAUUUGGUCGGCGCUGGAGAGUGCGGUGCGAGGGACGAGUCAGUUGUUGCUGGAUAUGGGAUUGGUGGAUGAAGCCAAGGAGAUUGUGGACUUUUGGAUGGCUAGGUGGAUUGACGUCUAG